AUGCCUCCUCUUCAAGAAACUAAUGAACAUAUCAAUCAAGCAUUCAUUAAUGUUCAUCAUGAUGACACAAAGAAAUCCAAUGACAACUCACAAACUCAAUUUGUCAUAAAAAUGAAUGAAGUUGAUACAUUACAAGUUCAAAUAUCAGUUGAUGGUGCUCGAAAAUUAGCAGCAUUAUCUCCACGUAUCACUGUUACUUUUCAUAAUAUUUCAAAAAUUAUCAAUGUUCCAGCAAAAAUGAUUGAUCCAUCAUCGAAAGCAAGAUUUAUUCAACGAAAAUUACUUGAUCAAGUUUCAGGACAAAUUCAUCCAGGACAAUUAGUUGCACUUAUGGGACCUUCAGGUUGUGGUAAAACAACAUUACUCAAUACAUUAGAUGGUCGAGCAUUAAAUGGUGUUACUGGUAAUAUUUGA